AUGUAUGCACGAAAGCCUUCGAAUAUUGCUACUUCUACUACUAAGACUACUGCCACCAACACCACAGCUGCCGGUGCGUUUGCUGCUCAAGGUGAUUCUGCCACUACUGGUGGAAGAGGAGACGUAAAGGCAGCAAAGAAAGUGGCCAAAUACGCUGAUAUGAUCGGAGACGUCGACGACAGACGCAUCUGUCGAGCUGCUCGCCUCACCGGCUGCAUAGCACGUCUUAACACCUCCAUCGCAAGACGAAACAAGCAUGGUGACCUGUGCUUUGUGGUGACGGUGGAAGGAAGACGGGACUCGGACGUGCGGAGGUUCAAGAACCUAAUACGCGACAGGUUUCCUGACAUCUUCUUCCCGAGUGCUUGA